CUCCUGCUUUCCUGCUAACGGUCUCCUGGGAGCAUCAAACUACCACGUCUGCAGCGGGGAGAGAGGGGGGCGAGGAGAGGGGAUCCAAAUAAGCAAACGCGACAAUAGAGAAGAUAGAGCAGCGUCCGGCGUCAGGACUGCUACGCGAAAACGAAGACGGCUGCAACAUCUGGAGCAGAGCGCAAACUGAUUUUUCACAUAAAUACGCGCAGCCAGACUUCCUGCUUCAAAUUCACCAGAACGCAAGCAGAAUGCACACUGGACAAAUACGUCUGGUGGUUUAGGUAACUCGAGUCGUAACUUGCAAAGGCGCAUAUCUUUUGGAAACUCGGUUUGUGCUCUGCGCCGAGUUGAUCUCGGUCGGGCCGUUUUCCUUUAUUGGAUUCGUUUUUUCGCUGACAAUGUUUUGACGAAUAGCAAAGUGAAGAUUAGGCGUACUGUUACAGGAAGUUCCGUCGAUUUUGUAUUGCUUUUUGGAGAAUCAAGUGAUGGCACCAGAGCUCAAAUCACUUGUGCGACUGCUGCUGCUGGCCGUGGUUUGGGAGAUCAGCGCACACGGAGCAACGGAGCGACAAAUAAAUCCAGAGUCAUGGCUGCAGCAGUAUGGUUACCUUCCCCCGGGGGACAUGAGGACCCACGCCCUGCGCUCUCCUCAGUCCAUCUCCUCGGCUAUCGGCGCCAUGCAGAAGUUCUACGGCCUCAGUGUCACUGGCACCUUUGAUUCCAACACCAUUGAGGCCAUGAAGCGACCGCGCUGUGGAGUGCCAGAUAAGUUUGGUGCCGAGCUGAAGAGCAACCUGAGGAGGAAGAGAUUUGCCGCCCAGGGCCUAAAGUGGCACAAGACGGACAUCUCUUUCUCUAUACAGAACUACAGCCCCAAGGUGGGUGAGUACGAGACCCAAGAGGCCAUCAGGAAGGCCUUCAAGGUGUGGGAGAGCGUCACCCCGCUUCGUUUCCGGGAAAUCCCCUACAGUUACAUACGAGACAAGGUUGAGGAGUUUGCCGACAUCAUGCUCUUCUUCGCCGAGGGUUUCCAUGGGGACAGCAGCCCAUUCGAUGGAGAGGGGGGCUUCCUAGCACAUGCCUAUUUCCCCGGCAAUGGUAUCGGUGGGGACACCCACUUUGAUGCGGCUGAGCCAUGGACAACUGGGAGCGAUGAUUUGUCUGGUAAUGAUUUAUUCCUGGUUGCGGUCCAUGAACUGGGCCAUGCUCUGGGUCUGGAGCACUCCGGGGACCCUUCCGCCAUCAUGGCUCCCUUCUACCAGUGGAUGGAGACCGAAACGUUUGAACUUCCUGAUGACGAUCGUAAAGGCAUACAGCAAAUUUAUGGGUCUGGAUCAGUGCCUCAACCCCCAGAUGAAUCACCCCGCACACCCAACCACAACCCAGAACCCACAUAUUCACCAGACAAGCCUAGCUAUGGCCCCGACAUCUGUGACGGACACUUUGACACCAUUGCCAUGCUCAGAGAAGAAAUGUUUGUGUUCAAGGAUAAAUGGUUCUGGAGGGUACGUAACAACCAAGUUCUGGAUGGAUAUCCAUUGCCGAUUGGUCACUUUUGGAGGGGAUUGUCGACCCAUAUCACUGCCGCUUUUGAAAGGGAAGAUGGGAAAUUUGUUUUCUUUAAAGGGGACAGGUAUUGGGUGUUCACUGAAUCCCAUCUGGAUCCGGGUUUUCCUAAGAAUCUAAAAGAAAUGGGCACCGGACUUCCCAAAGAUCGAAUAGACGCUGCUCUCUACUACACCCCAACUGGACAGACAUUUUACUUCAGAGCAAACGAAUACUACCGUUUCAACGAAGAACAACGCAGCGUUGACAAUGGCUAUCCAAAGGCUGUUAGUGUGUGGAAAGGAGUGCCUGACAACAUCAAGUCAGCCUUCAUGAGCAAAGAUUCAGUGCACACCUACUUCUACAAAGCCAACAAGUACUGGAAGUUCAACAACCAGAUGAUGCGCGUGGAGCCGGGAUACCCCAAAUCAGCACUCACCAACUGGAUGGGCUGCCCCAACGAAGACCCCAAGACCGACGGAGGAAGAGGCGGCGGCGGACAUGACAAGGACAAGGAGCGGGAGAAGGACAAGGAGCGAGAGGAUAAGGACAGAACCAGAGAUAGAGAGAGGGAGAGAGAGAGGGACAGAGAGAGGGACAGGAAGAGGGAGAAGGAGGAGGACAGGGAGGUGGUCAUUGUUGAAGUGGAGAAGGAAACGGUCGGGGGCGGCAGUGGAGCCGCGGCUGUGGUGGUGCCUCUGUUCCUGUUAGUGUGUGUGAUCGUGACUCUGGCUGCCCUGGUGUUUUUCCGUCGGUACGGUACCCCCCGCCGACUCCUCUACUGCCAACGAUCUCUACUGGACAAGGUGUAGACGGAGGAGCACGGGAGUGAGAGAGGAGGGGAAGACAGGGAGAGAAAGAGGAAAAAGCCGUGAAAGGAAAUCUAUAAGAUACAGAUAAUGAGAGUAGAAGAGAUGAAAAUGGGAGGAAAAGCACUAGGAUUUUUUUAAAUAAUCAUACCACUGCCAGAUUCCUUUAGCUCUUUUGCUCAAUCACUCCAUCCUUCCAUAUUUUUUCUUCCAAACUUCUAUCUCGACCUGUCUCCUUGUGGUUACUGACGCCAGCAUAUUGCUGUUUGUUUUAGCGUUUUUCCCGUCCCAUUAGGUUUUUGUCUGUGGUCAGUGUUUCUGUCCUUGUGAAUUUCUGCUUCGAACCUGCAUCUUCAUGACGCACAUUUUUUACAUGUUCUUACGAGUAAGCAAAGAGCGUGUUUGAUCGUUUAUUCCUUCCCCUCAGCACACUCAUCUGGAAACCACAGCGGCACUCUCAUUUUGUUUUCUAGUCUCCCAGUAGAGCAACA